AUGUAUUCACAGGGGCUAUUCAGAAGAAAUGUCAAGGUGAUAAAAGUUUUGCUUCUCUAUUUCUUACUUCUAGUCUGCAUUGAAGUAAUGGAUAAGUUGCAGAAGGCUGUUGAUGAAAAUAGGGGUUCUGAUGUUGUUAAGGUAAUUGAUGAAACCUGCUCUACUCUCACCGGAAAACAAAGGAAGAUUUGUUCCAAUAUCGGUGCCCUACCCAAUUCUCCAACGCGAGUCGUGAAUGAGGUUGCUCGUCAAUUGAACAUUUCGGUUCCGGCAGAAAAGAUAUGUCAAAAGUUGGCUAAGAAUGACCCGCAAGUCUGCGAAAUCAUGCACCAAUUUAUCCCUAGUCACGAUGCGGAUUUUAAGAAAAUGAACGUUAAGGAAUUAAAACAGACACUCGCAUUUAUCGGUGUGGAAUGCGCUGGGUGCUUGGAUAAAAGCGAUUAUAUCGAAAUGGCAGAAAAAAACCGAGACAAGAUACCGCGUUCCGACUUGUAA